GGGAGCCACAGCCAUGAUGCUCGUGUGUCCUGGGUGUGCACAACCCAGGCUUCUGCAGGCUCAUGUGACCACCGGGCAGUGCCCCACCAUGUCCCGGCCUCAGACGCCAGAGCAGGUGCUCGAUAACUCCAGAGACUAUCCCCCGUGCAAGACAGAUGAGGACGUCGGGGAGGGGAUCCAGUGCUCCCACCGCAUGCUCAGCUUCAGCGAUGCCCUGCUGUCCAUCAUCGCCACCGUCAUGAUCCUGCCUGUGACCCACACGAAGAUCUCCCCAGAGCAGCAGUUUGACAAAAGUAUACAGAAACUUCUAGCAACCAGGAUUGCUGUCUACCUGAUGACAUUUCUAAUCGUGACGGUGGCCUGGGCAGCACACACAAGACUGUUCCAAGUUGUUGGGAAAAUAGACGAUACACUUGCCUUGCUCAACCUGGCCUGCAUGAUGACCAUCACCUUUCUGCCCUACACGUUUUCCUUAAUGGUGACCUUCCCUGACGUGCCUCUGGGCAUCUUCCUGUUCUGCAUGUGUGUGAUCGCCAUCGGAGCCGUGCAGGCGCUGAUUGUGGGCUAUGCGUUCCACUUCCCACACCUGCUAAGCCCGCAGAUCCGGUGCUCAGCCCAUGGGACAAGGUACUGGCGGCACAUCCUGUGCCUUGUCCUGCAGGGCCCAGCCCUGUGCCUCGCUGCGGCUAUCUUCUCCCUGUUCUUUAUCCCCGUGUCAUACCUGCUGAUGGCAAUGGUCGUCUUCCUCCCCUACGUCAGCAAGGCCGUCGGCUGGUGCAAAGACAGGCUCGUGGGCCACGUAGAGCCCCCAGCUCACCAAGUGGAGUUCUUUACUUUCGACCUGCAUGAGCCACUCAGCAAGGAGCGGGUAGAAGCCUUCAGCGAUGGUGUCUACGCCAUUGUGGCCACCCUUCUCAUCCUGGACAUUUGUGAGGACAACGUCCCGGACCCCAAGGACGUGACGGAGCGGUUCGGCGGCAGCCUGGUGGCGGCGCUGGGCGCAUCUGGGCCACGCUUUCUGGCCUACUUUGGCUCCUUCGCCACAGUGGGCCUGCUCUGGUUUGCCCACCACUCGCUCUUCCUACACGUCCGCAAGGCCACGCGGGCCAUGGGGCUGCUCAACACACUGGCUCUGGCCUUCGUGGGCGGCCUUCCGCUGGCCUAUCAGCAGACCUCGGCUUUCGCGCGGCAGCCCCACGACGAGCUGGAGCGAGUGCGCGUCAGCUGCGCUAUCAUCUUCCUUGCCAGCAUCUUCCAGUUCGCUGUCUGGACCUCAGCACUGCUGCAGCCAGUGGACACACUGCAGCCAGCUGUGCGCUUUGGCGGUGCAGAGCACGCGCUCAUGUUCGCCAAGCUGGCCUUGUACCCGUGCGCCAGCCUGGUGGCCUUUGUGGCCACCUGCCUGCUUGGUGGCUUCAGCACAGCCAUCUUCCAUGCCAUGCAGGUGGCCACACCCUUUGCCUUCCUGCUGCUGCGCCUGCUCCUGCGCCUUGCCCUGGCUGUGCUGCGGGGUCUGCAGGGCCUAGCCUGGCCUGUGCCCCCUGCACCAGGCCCCACGGGCGAGCCUGACAUGCAGUCAGGGCUCCUCUCUGCCCCCUGCUAGGUGGGAUCCCUACACUUGGCCAUGCAACCCACUCCUGAGACCUGCAAGGAAGGAAGAAAUAGAUGCCGAGUCAAGGCCAGGCCAGCAGCAGCUUAUCAGAUGACCUUGUUUUACUUUCUUUGUGCAACACCAUGUACUGUUCAUGUUCUCUACCUUUUCAGAAUGGAGUUCCCCAGGAACAUGGGGUUUUUGUUUUGUUU